AUGCCCAGCUCCACAAAGUUGAAUGAGGGUGAUGUGGCUCUGAUAGAAGCGGAGAUCUCAGCUUCCAAAGUGGCGAACAACGGAGAGCACGAGGCAGGGCUGAGGCGGUGCUUUGGAUUGGCCAUGAGCGACCCUGAGCCAUGGAGAAAGACCGGUCGAAAGGCCGGAGAAGACCAUUGGGUUGGUCUAGGAGCUUUGGCUCUACUCGAAGUGUCGGUCUACGACGAUUUGGGGCGACAGCAAGGAUGCGGCCUGGUGCAGCUGACUGAACGUGGAACAGAAGUCCAACCAGGAGAAGGGCAAACGUGGUUGGGGAAGUUUGUCAGCGUGGAGGAUGAGUACUACGCACAUCGAUGUACCGAUGAGACGGUCUACAGGAGCCCCAUCCAUGUGGAUGUCUUCAGGGUGCUGCCAGGCAAGAGCUAUGAAAAGCUUGGAUGGCUGAAUGGCAAGAAGAAAGAUGAUGCAGAGCGAUUGAUGGACCUCAGCCUCGUUUCUGGCGGGGGAGGUGGGAUCGCUGGGCCUGGUCCUGCUAGGCCUGGCACACCCCCUCCUGGCGCUGGAGAAGAGGUGCAGACAGGUGAGGCAGGGAUUGAUGGCUUGGCAGCCGCACUGGGUGCCAAUCAGGCUGAGGAGCCCCCGCACAAGAAGCAGGUGGCAACCACCCCAAAACCUGCAAAACCCAAGGAAGAAAGUGCUCGAGAGGGUGCAUUGAAGACAAGGGGAGGUGACCUUCAAGAAGUGAUCGCCCAGAGGACGGCCCCCCAGCCAGCUGAUAGCGCUUUGAAGAUGAAGGGAGCCAAGUCUUCGAAGAAGAAGCGAAAAAGAGACAAGAGGGCCCGAGAGAGGAGCCACAAGAAAGCGCGAAGCCGUGGCCGUGAGAAGGAAGACGACUCCAGUGAGGAUUCUGCAACGUCGACUUCCUCUUCGGAGUCGCUUUUUCGGCUUGCCGCCCUGCCCGAGGGGACCGAGCGUCUUCCUCGUCUGCACCAAGAACGGCCAGGGAUGUUGGCCAAUCUGACGCUACGCAGGUUCCAGGAACUUUUACAGAGGUCAACGGGUGGGGGAGCGGCAGAGAGAGACCAGGAGAUGCCAGCGGUGGCCAGGGCAUACCUCAAUCAGAUAUACCUCCCGAGGCAUCCGGAGGGGUCGAUCGGGUUGAGAAACAUGAGAGAGCUGAGAACGCUCACCACACUGGUGGAUAUGGUCGCCCUGAACGACCCCUUGAGAGCUUUGGAUGUGGCUCUACAGAGGAUCAAAUCGAUAGAGCUGUUUGUGAGCCAGGGGCACUGGAAUCAGGCAAAUCUCUUAGAGUUGGUCGUGCCAGAGGAGGAACAGAGAGCAUGGUUCCGCCAAGAACUGAAAGCGGCCCAACAAGAGCAGAAGGCGGACCUGAGACUCCAGCAGGAUCAAUGGCCAAGGAGGAGACAGGCGUGGAGCGGAGGAGUCGCAGCCGCCGGAGGAGGAGAAAAGAAGGAAGGCGAAGGAAAAGACGAUGCCCCUCCCUCGAACGGAAGCAAUCCCGGCAAGGGCAAGAAGGGAAAAGGCAAAGGCAAGAAGGGACGGGGCAAGUGGUAG